AUGCCUACAGCGACGGAAUUCUUCGGCAUCAGCGCCAACAACUUGGGUCCUCUAACAACAACCUAUACAGCGCCCUCAUCAUGUACAGGAACCAGCAACACCGACCACAUACUAUUCGCAAACGCGACGUCUCCUUACCUGGAUUAUAUGCUGUCCUCUUCCUGCAAAGCCAAACCCUUUGGCGAUUGCUAUCCCAGCGGAAAAGAACGUGACGCGGUUGCCGCGCAAACAACGAGUGUCGGCCAAGGAGUUUAUCACUAUUUCUCACCAGGAUCUGCUUGCCCUGAUGGAUGGGAGACUGCCGCGACGUUGAAACAUGGAUCCAAGAGUGGCGAAAUAGACGUUUCAGGCGCCCUGACCAACUCGGCGACGGAGGUGACGGAGAGGAUUAAAUCUUACUCCCAACCGUUGCCGCUUCAUCCUACCGAUUUUUGGAGGAAUAUUCUUGACAAGUCUGAGACUCUUGCGCUUUGCUGUCCACGCGGCUACGCAGGCGAUAUUCACGGGUUCUGCAAAUCCACGCUCGGCCCACUAACGCGAACCAAGAUCAAUGAACCAGAUCCAGAGCUCUGUAGGGUCUAUGUUACCGACAAUGACUUCCUCGUUACGGUUACAAGCCUGGACGGUGUAACCCUGACGAAUGGCAACGGCUUGAGGUCUAUAGUGCCCAUGACUCAAGAUCUUGUCACGACAAGGACGAACUUUGGCCACUGGGGCGAUGAAGGCAUGGAAAACUUUGCACGUGCGACUUGGGUACCUGCUGUGACUUUGAUUCAUGUUGAGACAGCCACGGGAAGCGCGGAUAAGGGCGGGAGUGAUGAUGAUAAAGAUGAGAACGCUGCUUCAAGUGUUGGAAGGGGAGGUAUUGUCAGUGUUCUUGGAGUGACUCUUGGUCUCUUGGCAGGCGCGGGUAUGUUGAUGGCGUGGUGA